AUGGAGAACAGAGAUUUCGCCGAUAGCACGAAGGAGGAGACACCGAAUGGUCAAGCUCUCCACCGUGAGAGCAAUAAUUCUGACUAUGGCUUGACCACCCACCCUUCGCACAUUGAGACCAUGGAGAAGAUAGCAAGAACCAUGUCAAUAUCCGGUGAGCUGUUUGAGAAGCUCUACCUCUCGCCGCCGCAAGCAAACCAAGUCGGCGACGCACGCAAACGGUUCGCCAAUCCCACUCCUGUGGCUCUCGUUGGAUUCCUUCUACCAAUCUCAUCCGCCUCCUGCCAGCUCGUGGGCUGGAGAGGCUCUGGCGCCGAAUACUACGGCGCGUCAGUCAACGGCACUUAUUGGUUCUUCGGUGUCGUCCUCAUGCUUCUCGGCGGCUUUCUUGAAUUCCUCUUCGGUAACACUUUCUCCUUUGUCGUUUUCUGCUCCUUCGCCGGCUUCUGGGGCACUUACGGCGCCACACUCACCGAGCAGUUCGACGCUUUCACUAGCUACGCCACGGCGGGCGAAACCAGUGGCUCAGGCGCCGAAAGCCCCGUUUUCCAGGCUGGAUUCGGCUUUUUCCUUUGCUUCAUGGGCCUGCUUUGUUUGAUCUACUUGAUCUGCUCGAUCCGAACCAACAUAAUCUUCUUUACCAUCUUCUUGGUACUAGUGCCUUCCUUCGGUGCUUUUGCUGCCGCAUUCUGGUGGAAUGCGCAGGGCAGAUUUGGGUACUGUUUGACGCUGUUGAAGGUUGGCGGAGCUGGGUUCUUUGUUGUGGCGCUGCUGGGGUGGUAUCUGCUAUUUGGUAGCAUCUCGUCUCAUUCUUUGCCCCUGUCUGGAAAGCUAACAAACUCCUAG